AUGGAGACAAAUAAGCAGGAUAUUGACAAUAAAGACAAUAGUUUAUCGCCAAAUAAUAACGAAAUAUACAAAGAAAAUCCUUUAAUCAAUGAAGCAAUUGAAUUUGAUUUACGUAAAAACAGAUGGACGUAUGAGGACAAAGACAGAAAUGAAUAUGAAUACGAUGAUAAGCGUGGGAUUUGGAUAUUAUCUACAGAUGAAGAAUUAAUCCGACGUCAGCAGGAAGCAUACGCUGUAGAAGGUGUUGAUGAAUCGGCUCCUGUAAAUAAGCAGCGGAAACGCAAAAAAAGGGCAGAAGAGGGAGAAAAAGAGAAUCAAACAUUCAACAAGAAAUUAAACACAGCUCCAAAGAAUACAGCAGUCUAUAUUUCUAAUCUUCCACCGGAUGUAACAGAAGAUGAAAUACGAGAAAGAUUUUCUAAAUGUGGUGUGAUAAGUGAAAAUAUUGAUACAGGCAAACCUAGAAUCAAAAUCUAUAUGAAUGAACGAGGAGAACCAAAGGGAGACGCAAUGGUUGUAUUUUUUCGAGAAGAAAGUGUUAAGCUUGCUAUUCAGUUACUUGAUGAUACGUGUCUGCGUGUAGAUGACAAGAAUGGGCAAAAAAUGAGAGUGCAGCAGGCGGAUGUGUCUUAUAAAAAAUCUCAAUACAAUGUGGUUAAACGAUCUAUGAAUGAAAAACGAAAGUUACAACAGAAAUUGAAAAAAUUAAGUGACAAAGUAUCAGAAUGGGAUGAUAAUAGUUCUGCUGCUUCUUCAGGAAGGUGGUCAAAAGUUAUUAUUUUGAAACAUAUGUUUACUCUGAAGGAACUUGAAGAUGAUAUUACACUUAUAAUGGAUCUUAAAGAGGAUAUUUGGGAAGAGUGUUCAAAAAUAGGAAAUGUCACAAAUGUUGUUUUAUUUGAUUUGGAGCCUGAGGGAGUUGUAAGCGUGCGAUUUUCUGAUGAGGAAAGUGCAUUAGCUUGUGUUAAGAUGAUGAAUGGACGUUAUUUUGGAGGAAAAGUAGUAGAAGCUCAAAUCUAUGAUGGUAAAGUUCGAUAUCGUAAAAGUAGCAAUAAAACAAUAGAUGAAAAUGAUAUAGAUGAACAAGCUAGACUUGAAAAAUUCGGAAAUUGGCUUGAAUCUGGAGAAUAA